CCUGCGCCAGAGAGUCGGGUGGAGGUUCUGUGCUCAUAUUAAUGACUGCCGAGGAGACGGCGGCGCAUCUAUGUGGUCCGCCUGACACUUGAUCGAGGGAAGAGAUGCGCCGCUGAUCGGCCGCUCUGAAGACGGAGAAGGGAAGGGCACAGGGAACACAGGAAGCUGUAUCCGCACUUCUCCUUCAUCCCCCUCCUCCUCCUCCGCCUCCUGCUGCUGCUGCUUUUGGAACAUUUUUGCCUCAUAGAAAGAAGCCCGUGUUAUUUGCGUGCGUCCCCCUCGCCACCUGCCCCCCUCCGUCGGAUGAAAGCAGAGAACUGAUUUCUCAUCAGCGGCGUGAAAACGACCACACAUUGUUGCCUGCUCCUCGUUUUGUUGUUUUCUUUUUUUUUUCCUCUCCUCCUCACUCGGUUGAGAUGGGAAUAUAGACGGGCGGCGCUUUGAAUGCGACGAUGGUUGAACCGGCCCCAGUGUUAGCAUAAUGGAGGUGGCCUGGUGGGGAUGCGAGCGAAGCGUUGCCAAGAUGUGAAUGGAAAAGCCUUUCACCUUGACAGCAGGGGUGAGCCUCUUAAAGGAAGCGCUGGCCAAGUAGGAAUGGACUGGGCUGUGGAAUCUCAAAGCUACUGAAGACAAUCAAAGAGGGCAUUUAUCUUUAAGUAAUACUAACAUAUAGAGUAAGAUCUAUCCUUUUUUUUUCCCUUUUUAUCCCCAUCUCCUACUUUUUUGUUAGUAUUGCAAGUUUGGCUCCAAACCCUUAAACUGGAAGCUAUAUUGCAUUAUUGGCCAUUACAUUCAAGGACACCCAUACAGCAGGACAUAAUCCCCCCGCCCCCCGAGGGAACCCAGUGGUGGUGGUGGGUUUGGUGAGGGGGCUGAGUCAGUCGCCUCUGCAACAGCAGCAGCAAAUGAGUUGUUGUUCAUGAAGGCAACAACUGAAAACCCUUUAUCUAAGAAGACCAACUUCUGUUGGGGGGGGAAAAGGUUCAACAUGAAGGACAUGUCAUUUGUUGAUUGCCUCUUCAUUGGGUUGGCUAUGGCGUCUCUUGCCGUAGCCACUGAGGUGGGACCCGAUUGCCCGAAGCUUUGUGUGUGUGAAAUUAGACCCUGGUUUUCUCCUACUUCAGUGUACAUGGAGGUGCAGACGGUGGACUGUAAUGACGUGGGACUCUUUAGACUGCCAGAAAGAUUACCAGUGGGCACACAAGUUCUAUUACUGCAAACAAACAACGUUGCCAAGAUUGUCAAACCUUUGGAUUACUUGGCUAAUAUCACAGAGAUAGACCUAUCACAAAACAACCUAUCUUCUAUCAGUGACAUCCAUUUGGGAAAUCUUUCUCAGCUGGCAUCCCUUCAUCUGGAGGAGAACUGGAUAGAGGAGUUACCUGAGCGAUGCCUGUCCGACUUGGUUAACCUGCAGGAGCUCUACCUGAAUCACAAUCUCAUCUCUUCUAUUUCCACAAUGGCUUUUCAGGGUCUAAGUAACCUGGUGCGUCUUCAUCUCAACUCUAACAAGCUGAAGGUUAUCAAGAGAGAAUGGUUCGAACCCAUGCCGAAUCUGGAGAUCCUAAUGAUUGGUGAGAACCCGGUUCUCUCCAUUUACGACCUGAACUUCAAACCUCUAGGAAACCUCCGUAGUCUUGUUCUUACCAGAAUGAACCUGUCUCAGCUACCCGACAAUGCACUCACAGGCCUUGAUAACUUGGAGAGCAUUUCAUUCUAUGAUAAUAUUUUUCCAGAAGUCCCUCAUUCAGCCCUGAAAAAUGUUAAAAAUCUAAAAUUUUUGGAUCUGAAUAAAAACCCAAUAUCCCGGAUACAAAGAGGAGACUUUGUCGAUAUGCUGCAUCUGAAAGAACUGGGGAUUAACAGCAUGCCAGAGCUAAUUUCCAUAGACAGCUUUGCUCUUAAUAACCUCCCUGAGUUAACUAAAAUCGAAGCCACCAACAAUCCUAAACUCUCCUACAUCCACCCCAAUGCUUUCUACAAACUACCACGACUGGAGACCCUCAUGCUAAACGGCAAUGCUCUCAGCGCCCUCCACAGGAUAACCGUUGAGUCUCUUCCGAAUCUCAGAGAAGUCAGCAUGCACAGCAACCCUAUCCGCUGUGACUGUGUAGUUCGCUGGAUGAACAUGAACAAAACCAACAUUCGCUUCAUGGAACCAGAUUCAUUGUACUGCGUAGAACCUCCAGAGUACGAGGGCCAACAUGUUCGACAGGUGCACUUCAGGGAGAUGAUGGAAAUCUGCCUGCCGCUAAUAUCCCCUGAAAGUAUGCCGGGACACAUAAAGGCACACAAAGGGAGCUCUGUGUCACUCCACUGUCGGGCAUUUGCUGAACCGGAGCCAGAUAUUUACUGGAUUACCCCGUCUGGUACCAGGAUCCUGCCGAAUUCCAUGUCUAACAAAUUCUAUAUGCAUCCAGAAGGAACAUUCGACAUCUACGAUGUAUCCGAAAAUGAAGCAGGUGUUUACACCUGUGUCGCGCACAAUCUGGUUGGAGCUGACCUCAAAUCUGUUUCGGUAGAGGUGAAUGGAUAUUUUCCUCAACUUGCAAGUGGAUCCCUGAAUGUUGUGAUUAAAUCAGUGGGGACAAACUUCAUCCUUGUUUCCUGGAAAGGUCAUCCUGGCUCUUUGGCCCCCAGUAUUAAAUGGUACACACUAUCUGAUCUGAAUCAUCCCACAACAGCGUUCAGCACCAGGGUUCCUUCGGACAUCCAGCUUUACAACCUCUCUCAUCUCCACCCUGCCACCCAGUACAAAGUUUGUGUGGAUAUCCGCAGCAUCCACUACGACCAUGACACCAAAUGCAUCAAUGUCACCACUAAGGGAUUAGAGCUGGCAGCCAAGGACACAGCAAAAUGGGAUGCGGCACUAAUCACUGUCUUUGGAGUGCUCUUGGCAGUGGUUUCAUUGGCAUGUCUGUUUUUUUAUGCGUCUCUGAGGAACCGCUACUUUUAUGGGAAUAUAAGGAGAUACGACUCCAAGGCAUUGCUUACACCAGUGGAAGCUCCUGGGCUGCACUCUUCUUUCUUUACAAAGCUUUGGGAUUCGGGUAAGAGUGUGCCGAGCGGAGUGGAAGUUAAAGCCACAGUCAUAAAUGUAUCUGAUAAUGCCUUUUAAAAAAUCCAGCUGUGGAUGGAGUCUCAUACUAACUACAGAUAAUGGACAAUGCCAUAAGCAGGGGUAGACGAACUUAUGCUUUCAAAAGCAUACCUGUGGCUAAAAACCCCAGCUCAAACACACUGGCAAAAUUUAUAAUUAUAAAUGGGAUGAAACACUUAACAGGACUAAAUGGCAUCCCGCCCGACGCGGUGGCUUUGUGAACCUUACACGGAACCAAGCCGUCGUCAACGGGAAAGGGUCUCUACUGCAAAAACACCAACUCGAGCUCAAAUUCACCCAGAAACGCAGGCAGAGAAAAGGAAGCCGAGACGAAGACGGUGGCCAACUCUCUUGUAAUUGACUGUUAAAUGUGUUCAGAAUCGUGGAACUGUCCGUGUGGUCCCAAGCAAUACCGUCUGUGCUUUGUCAAACAUCCAUAGACGAGUUAGAGAAACAGUAAUAACACCUGUCUAUUAUGGGAAAGGAGAUUUAGUAGAGUAGACGAAUACCAGUGACUAUGGUGUAAGCCUUUUGAUGAACUAUACCCCAUUUUUCUAUUUAAAAGAUGGAUUCUUGGUUUUUUUUUUUUUUCUUGAAAAUAUUGUUAUAUUUUCUUUUUUGUUGAUGUAAUGACAAAUCCUCUGUAUGUGAAAAGUUUAAAUGGGUUUUAAAUUAAGGAGAGGAGCAAACUACUUUUGAUUACAGCUUCACAUUAAGCUUAAUGAAAUUCAGCUAUGAAAUGAGUGUCUAGAGAGAAGAUUUGCCAAAUGGCUGUUUAUGCUUUGUAGUUCUCAUUACGACGAUGACUGGGAGACAAUGCGGAUACAUUCAACUAAAACUAAUAUGAGAGGUUGAUUAAAACUGAAGUGAGUGAUGCGCUGUCUCUUGAAGGAGUGGUUUGCUAAAUCCUGGUAAGUGCCUACAACAAGAACUACAUGAAGAAAGGAGGAAGAGGAACUGAGGAAAUCUGUCAACCACAGCAAAACAUGAUCAUGCCAUCAUUGCAGAAUCAGAAACUAUACUCCCAGUAUGUUUAGUGGAAAUACUUUCUCAGUAUUUUUAGCAUACAUAUUUUAAGAAAGCAUUUUGUUAUUGCUUUGGGUGUAAAGUCAAAAAGCCAUUUUUAUAUUAACUGUAUUAUAUGUGAUCAAUGGGCACAACAAACUAAUCGAGAAAAGCGCUAAGAAAAAAUAAUAAAUGUCAUUGUUUCUUUUACAAA